GGGCGCGAAGGAGGGCGCAGGAGCAAGGGAGCGAGGAAGAGCUCGGAAGCGCGGAAGAGCGAAGGAGCGCGAAGGGGCGAAGGAGCGAAGCAGCAGCGCGACCGAUAUAAAGGCGCGGAAGACGCGAGAGCCGAACGGAGUCGUCGCUCGACUCGGCCGUCGAGGAGCCCGAGAGCAACGCGUCGAGGAUGUCGUCGUCCGAGAGGCGGCGCGGCCUGCUGCCGCUCCUCGUCUUCGUCCUGCUGGUCCAGGUCCUCGGGCAGACCCGCGCCUACCCCAGGCCCAACGUCAGGCUCUGCUCCAAGAGCCUGAGCGAUGCCCUGCAGCUCGUCUGCCAGAAGCGCGGCGGCUACAACGAGCCCUUCUCCUACUCGGGCGAGGACGACCACCACGUGGCCAGGGGCGGCCUCGUCGACGAGUGCUGCCACAAGUCCUGUAGCAUCGCCCAGCUCGAGCAGUACUGCAAGCCCACGCUGGCCAAUCCUCAGGGCGCCUAGUGACGAGGACGGGACGCCGAGGGAUCGGCCCCGUGGACGCCUCGCGGACGCCUCGCGGACGCCUCGCGGACGCCCAGGGUACGGCUGGGGCCCGCGCCGCUGGAUCGGCUCGGGGUGCCCACCGACCCCUACGGAUUUUCCGCCCCACGGACCGGGGAUCCGGAUCGGAAGAGCGGCCUUCCGGCUUCCGGACCUCGACGGGACAUCACGUGGAAACGUCCCAUCGAGUCCGGCUCUACACGAGAGGUCAGAGUUCCAAGCGAGCACCGCAUCGCCGGAGUCGAUCGGAUCGAUCGAAUCGAAUCGACCGGUCCGAUAAGUGUGUCACCGGCGAGGCGCCAGGAGCAUUAAAAAAUCGGUCACGGAUCGACCUCGGCGACAAGCGAUCCACUGUAGAGGAGGUCAGCGGCUCGAAUUGAAUCGACCGGUUCAAUCAGGGGGCAAUCGGCUAGGCGUCGGCGAUCGUUAGCCGAUCGAUCCCGGAGUCGGCCGAUUUUUACGAAAGUUAAGUCCGGGGAGGUCAGCAAUUCCCGAUCGAGCCAAUCGAUCGACCAAUCGGCGCGUCUCCGGGGCCGAAUAAAAAUCGGUCAUGGACCCUUGCGAGAUCCCGCCGUCGAUUAGGCAAUUAUCGGCCGACACUUCGGAGCCGGGAAAUCGGUCUGCUCCAGGAGAGACCUCGACGGAGCCGGUCGGCUCGAAUCGAUUCGAUCUGUCUUCGAUAGGCGAUCGUCGAAAGCGGCGCGGUCGGAGGAGCCGACGAUACCGCGUUCGAUCGAUCGGCCCAUGUGAUUGCGCGAUCCCGGAUCGAUCCUCCGUGGAUCGAUCGGGAGGAGCCGACGUCUCCUCCUCGGAAGUCGCCGGUGACUUUAGCGCUCUAACCGACUGAUGAUCUCAUUAGUAUUAAUUAGGAGUAAUUCUCGACUAGCUAAAUUAGGGGUUAACGCCGAUCGCCAGCUACGACCGAUAAGCUCUCGUCGACUUUGCCAGUCCCGAGGGAGGAGCCAAGGCACGUGAUACAAGCCUUAAUUUUUUAGCCCUUGCCGUUUUGCGCCUUCCUUCCGCCCGGGAAGGAAGGAGGGAAGGGAGAGGAGAGACUAGAAUUACCAAGAAAUCGAGAAAAAGCACUAAAAGAGCUCGGUAUUUUUUCUGUCUUAUUUUUUUUUUCUUUUUUUCUUUCUGUUCUAUAAUGAGGAAUCGAGGAACGUCCUCGCUUUUCCUCGGCGACGAGAGGGAAGAGGGGCUCUCCUCUCUUCUCCAUCGGACAGCAGUAUUGCUGUGAUAGUAUAAAUGCCUUUUGUAAUAUAAACCGUAAAUAGGGAGACGCGUCGCUCUUUUUUUCUUCCUCGAGUUCCUGCGACAGGACAGCCAAGUAUAGCGCACGGUCUUCGUGAUCUUUUGUUCAUAUCUUUCCUCCUUUUUCUAUUUUACUUUUACGUCGCGUAUCGUAGUUCCUCGCGAACGCUCGAGGGAGGCGCCGAAGCUCUCGGGCCGGUCUUCAUGUGUGAUAAGGACUUUAUUUUGAGGCUUGCCCGAGUCCUCCGCGCUUCUCCUCGGGACUCCCUUAUGGGGGAGAGAAGGCGAGGGCGUUCGCGAGGAGGUCCUCGGCCGGUGAUAGAUUCCCCAAGACUCGACGCCGUCGAAGAAGGAUAUUCGUCGAGCGACGACGAGCUUUUCCUCCACCGUCCAAUGUAGAACUCUCGGCCAGGGGUGGCGGAAUCCUCGGAACGGUUGCGGCGAUUUUUCACUUGUGAUCCAAUAAGCUAAUUUGACUCUUGCACGAGAGUCUCCGUAGGGGCCUCGAGUUAAGGUCGAGACUUCGAAAUGUCGCUUAGGUGAUUAAAGAUCUCUAGAUACGGAUG